AUGGCACGGAAAUUGAAGGGGAAGAUAUCAUCCAAAGGACUUAAAGGUGCUUUGUUAAAUCAUCAAGCUAGAGAAGAAAGGGCCAAAAAGAUUCAGCAACGAGAGAAACAUGUGGCAGCUAAGGGUAAGCCGACUAAACAACCUUUAAGACAAAAGGAACAACAACAAGUGAGAGGGUCAGGAUUUUUACCAUUUUCUUCAGAUUCAACUCUGUUCUUGGUUGGUGAGGGUGAUUUUUCAUUCGCGAAGAGCAUUAUUGAACAGCAAUACAUUCAACCAGAAAAUCUUAUUAUAACCAGUUUUGACAGUGGAAUCAAAGAGUUAAAGCUAAAGUAUCCACAUAGCUUCGAAGAAAACUACAAUUUCCUUAAAGAGAAUGAAGUCGUCAUGCUGUUCGGGAUCGAUGCAACAAACUUAAAAAAAUCUUUGAAGAUCACGAAAAAGACUCCAUGGCAGAAAGUAGUGGGGAAUUCAUGGACUACAAAGAAACUGGAUUUCAUCUUAUUCAAUUUUCCACAUACAGGUCGUGGAAUAAAAGAUCAAGGCAGAAAUAUUCACGAACAUCAACAAUUGGUGUACAAAUACUUUGAUAGUUGUAAGCAGCUGUUCAGACUCGUAAACAGUAGCCAGAUUAUGUUAAACUCAAGCAUUUCUAUGGGUGGAUACUCACUAAAUAAUGAAACUCGAGUUGAUGAUGAAGGUUAUGGAAAAGUGGUUCUUUCUCUAUUUAGUGGCGAACCAUACGAUUCAUGGCAAAUAAAAAUACUAGCGAAAGAUAACGGUUGGAAAGUGGAUAGAUCAGGGAAAUUCGACUGGUCCAAGUUUCCAGGGUAUCAUCACAAGCGUACCAAUAGUGAAAUGGAUACUACCAAACCAGCUGAGGAAAGAGAUGCCAGAAUGUACGUUUUCGAAAUGUUCAAUAAACGUAAACAUUCCAAAAAACCUUUGAAAGACGACAGCGAUGAUGAAUAA